UUUUGUACAGUGUACUAUUCAAGUUUAACGGUUAAUCCCAAAGUGAUUUUUGAUCCCAACGCAAGGACACGCACACAGGACGAGCGAAUUCCCAACUGGCUAGCAAUUGAGCAAUUGUGAAAAUGGAUGCGCUACGCUUGCGUGGUUCACCAUUUAUACGUUUUGGAGCGGGCGGUGGUCCGGGACAAGCACAGUCACAGUCGCAGUCACAGUCGCAGUCACAGGGACUGGGACAUGUGCUUGCUACACAUCAUAGCAUACAACAGGAACCGCUUAUCGUUGUCGAAGAAUCCAAUUUACCGGAAGAACUUGAGCCGGAGAGCUCGGAGACCUUCUCGAAUCGCGCCAGUCUUGAUAUUGACUCACCAGUGAAUCCAUAUCUGCUAUCACCAUGGCGGGAUCCGCGCGAGGCACGCAAACACUCGCUGCCCUCACAGCAGGUCACCGAGGGCAUCACCGCCAGUCAGGUGCGUCGUCUCUCCGAGCGCGGCGGCGAGGGCUCCGGCCCAUCACCGAAGGAGGCCGCCUUCUUGGCCACACUCUCACAGGCACCGGCUCCAUCUGGUCGUCGUCACUCGGUCGUCACCAUCUCGAAGGUGCCCACCACUCUCUUUGGGCGCUCGCGUCGCGAAUCUGUUGCUGCUUAUCCCUCAUCCAAUGGGAGCAGUCGUGUGCUGAACUCACGGCGGGAGAGCAACACAGGACCUCCAUCGACAGAUCCGAUUGGCAGCAUACAUAAUCUGCAGCUGGACAUUAUGGACGACAUUUACUUGCAGUCGCGUAAGGCACGCUUGAAGCUCUGGACAUCGAGCAACGAGAAGGUGUGCGAGGUGCAGACGGUGGAUGAGGCGGGCACUGGGGCACCAGGAAGGCGUUACACUAAUCGCCGGUACUCGGAGUGCCCGCAGCCGGGUAUUGCUGGUGUUUCUGGUGCUGGAGGUGUUGGUGGUGUUGGUGGUGCCAGUGGAUUUCGUCGCGGCUCAGAGCAUCCGAAUCCGCCGAGCAUUUCUCCGCAACCGCUGUCGGCACGUGCAUCGACGCGACGCAAGAAGUCGGGCAGCGGAUUGGGAUUGUUGGGAAGCCGCACAGAUAUUGCCGGCAUCUUUAGCUCACUGACUGGUGGCGGAGGGGGCAGCAGCUCGGCGGUGGAUACACAGCGACCGGAUCCGGAUGGCUCGUCCAGUUCGUCGGCUGCCACGGGCAACAGCGCAAGCAGCCCAUUUUUGAGCAACACAUUCCAGCAGGCGGCACGUGGACGCACCACAAGUGCCACGCCCACUCCCAGCGGUGGUCAGUCGUCGAAUCUGCUGCUCGAUCCGAACGCUGGCCGCUCCACACGCUCCAACAGCUUCGAUGUAUCCAUAUUGAACAAUGCCAAGCAGCUGGUCACCGAGGCGCAGGACAACAGCUCGGCGGCCAUUUCCGGUUGGUUCGGCAAACGCCAGACGACGCCGGUGGCCCGCAAGAAGAGCGUGCGGAGCAAGAGCAGCGCCAUGGCAUUGUCCAAGGACAUGUUGGAGCGGCUGCAGAAGAAGGAUCCACUUGGCGGCGACUCGAGCAAGCCAAAGCUAAAGCCACGCAGCAAGCAGAAGAAGAGCUGGGCCGACACCACCAAGGCGAACAUUGUGGAUGCCACCAUCUUGGGCACCGCCAUCGAGGGAUUCCUACGCAAGAGCUCCAAUGCCAGCAUGACCUCCACUGGCGCUUCAACAUCGACUGGCACACGCUCGGGCGGCUCGGGUGCCAUACCGAAGGACUCCGGUGCCGGCGGCGGCGCCGGCGCCAGUGGCAGCAGUGCCAGUGGCAGCUCGGCAGCUCGUCCUCGCAGUCGACAGUCCGCUGCCAGUUCGGCCCAAUCGCAGGCAGGACGCGCCAUGCGAUCCACGCUCAACUGGUUCAGCAAGGGAGACGAGGAUGAUUCCAAGGACACGUGCGACGCCUCGCUGUGCGCCACGCUCAAGGAUCUCUUUGUCAAAUAG